AUGUCUGGUUCAAACAACAACAAUGAUUCAAGUAAUAACAUAGACGCGUCAUCAUUUGCAAGUAUCUUAGCUGGUGUCAAACGUAUGAGAGAUGAAUAUGGUGGUGAUUAUUCUGAAAAUGAUAUAACUAUUGAAAAGCAACCAUCAAAACAACAACCUUCAAAUCCACCAAAUCCACCAAAGCCACCAAGGCCACAGCAACCUCAAAUCACGAGUAAAUAUGUUGAUGUAACGGUACCUAGAACCACCUUGGAAAAGCCAACAGCUAAACCAGUACCUCCACCACCACAACAACAACCACAAUCACAACAACAACCAAAAGCUAAAAGAUCUAUGGCCCCUGCAAGAUCCACCGGUCCAUCUGAAAUUUUAGUUCAUAAAUCACAAGAAAAAAACCCUUUACUUACUGACUCAAUGAUGAAAACAACUCAAUGGUCAUUCGAUUCAUCCGUACUAUCUGAUUAUUACAUUAGUCCCACUUUUCAAAUAUUAUUUUUAUCCUUAAAAUAUCAUAAAUUGAGACCAGAAUAUAUUUGGACAAGACUUAAGAAGUUGAAUAAAGGGUCAAGCGUUAUAGAUACAAAAAAGGAUAACGUCCUAAGAGUUUUGCUAGUGGUGGUUGAUAUAGAUUCUCAUCAAGAACCAAUACGGAAGUUAUCAGAUUUUUGUAUAAAACAUGAUUUGUCAUUAGUUCUUGCAUGGUCAUUUGAAGAAGCUGGUAACUAUAUCGCGUUGGGUAAACAUUUUGAUAAUGCUCCACAUCAAACAAGAACAAACAUUAGAGGUUUUAGGGGUGGCGAUUACAAUUCGAGUGUUGUUGAAGCAUUUACAGGUAUUAAAUCAGUCAAUAAAACUGACGUUUCAAACUUAUUAGCCAAUUAUAAAUCUGUUAAAGAUAUUGUAUGGGGAUUGUUAAACGAAAAAACUUGA